GUCAAAAGACAACACGCUUGUCAUUCCGGACGAUGACAGUGCUUUUUAAUGCAGUGAAGAAGUAAGAAAUAUGGCUGGUGCAAUGUUAUUCGAAAGAGCUCAGUCCGUUCCUUCUCAACAUGACAAGUUGUUAAAAUUAAAUCCGGCAGACGAAGAUGACGAGGAGAAUAUUGUUAAUAAAGAGCAGGACAUCCUCAACUUGGGCGAGAAGUACAAAAAGGAGGGCAAGGCUAAAGAACUAGCCGAGCUGAUAAAGGCUACCAGACCAUUUCUGAGUCUUAUUAGCAAAGCAAAAGCAGCAAAAUUAGUUAGAUCACUGGUUGAUUACUUUUUGGACUUGGAGGCAGGUAUCGGCAUUGAGGUACAACUGUGUAAAGAAUGUAUAGAAUGGGCGAAAGAGGAGAGAAGAACGUUUUUGCGCCAAUCGCUGGAAGCGCGCCUGAUCGCCCUGUAUUUCGAUACCGGAAUGUACACCGAUGCCCUACAACUGGAAUCCACCCUGUUAAAAGAGCUGAAGAAACUGGACGACAAAAAUCUGCUGGUCGAAGUGCAACUGCUCGAAAGCAAAACAUAUCACGCUCUCAGCAAUUUACCCAAAGCUCGAGCCGCUCUAACGUCCGCUAGAACGACCGCUAACGCUAUUUAUUGCCCUCCGAAGAUGCAGGCCGCCCUCGAUCUGCAAUCGGGCGUGCUGCACGCAGCCGACGAAAAGGAUUUCAAGACAGCUUACUCCUAUUUUUACGAAGCCUUCGAAGGGUUCGAUAGCGUCGAAUCUCCCAAAGCUCUGACUGCUCUUAAGUACAUGCUUCUGUCCAAAAUUAUGAUUAAUAGUCCCGAAGACGUACAGCAAAUUGUGAGUGGAAAAUUAGCCAUAAAGUAUGCAGGUAAAGAUAUCGAGGCCAUGAAAGCAGUCGCACAAGCAGCCCAUAAAAGAUCUCUUGCAGAUUUUCAACUUGCCGUAAAACAAUUCAAACAUGAGCUGGAAGAUGACGUUAUCGUACGAGCACAUUUAGGAACCCUCUACGACAAUAUGUUAGAACAAAAUUUGUGCAGAAUCAUUGAACCUUACUCGCGUGUCCAAGUAGAAUAUAUAGCAAAAACGAUUAAGCUUCCUGUUUUACAAGUAGAGAAGAAACUAUCGCAGAUGAUUUUAGAUGCCAAGUUUCAUGGAAUUUUAGACCAGGGUGAUGGUGUCCUGAUAGUGUUUGAAGAAACUCCGGUAGACAAAACCUAUGAAAUGGCUCUCGAAACCAUCCAGAGUAUGAGUAAAGUCGUAGACACUCUCUAUCAAAAAGCGAAAAAGUUGUCAUAGGUUUAAUUCAGUUGAAAUUUGUACUAAAAUAAACGACUGCAAAUUUUUUGAUCCUCAUAUUUUUUUCUUUUAGGGAUUCUUUUUGUUUACUUAACGAUUAAUUCGCUUUGUUAAUUUAAAUCUAGAAAUUUUGUAAUAUAACCAGUUUGGAAUAAACUAACAAAAUUGCUGUUUUUAAGUGAAUAUUUUCGUUUCUAACGUAAAAACUUGUUCGUUUGUUAAUCUAAUAUAAUUAAUCAUUUGAAGAAUAAUCGAAGAU